AUGAAUUCACAAAAGGCGAGUAAAAUGACUGGCUCACUAAAAAAGAAUGAUCUUUAUAUUUUUGAUUUGUCUGAGCAACUUCUGAAUUCAUUGAAAUUGAUGAGCUUUGACUCCACACUGCGAGAAGUUGAAGUAGAGAAGACAUCUGAUAAUGAUAGAAACAAGGAGUCUGGAGAUCUCCAAAUAGCAAGAAAGAAGGUCACAUCAAAUGUUAUGCGUUGUAGUGUUUGUCAAAUGAGCUUUGAUUCCAGAAAUGAACAAAAGGCCCACUACCAGACUGAUUAUCAUUUGAUGAAUGUUAAGCGUAACCUUAGGGGGCUGGAUAUCCUAUCCGUUGAGGAAUUCGAUGCGCUGAUUUCUAAGGAGCAUGGUAUCAAGUCUGAAGACGAAAAUUCUGGCGGCGAGCAAACUUCAAGCGAUCACGAAGAAAGUGAGGAAGCCAGCGAUCGGGACCCGGACCUACAAACUAAUAAUUAUAUGGAAACUAUAAUCGAAAAUGAUUUGCAGAAAUUAGGGUUCCAAAAAGACGAGUCGGAUGCUAUUAGCCAUAUUAAUACCCAAUCGCCCUACAUUUAUUUCAAAUCGAAGUAUCUUCAAAAGAAUGAGGUCUUGGCGAUUUAUAAGUCUCUAUUUAAUAAAAGGAGUCUUUCCAACCCCAAUGAAGCUUUGACUUUUUGGAAUUCGCAAGAGAACCCAAUGGCCAUUUCAGCUCUGUUUAUGGUGGGAGGUGGACAUUUUGCGGGAGCAAUUGUUUCUCAUCAAAGACUCAAUGUCAAGGGGAACGCGCACAAGAAGGACGAAACCUUAAUUGAGCAAGCGGUCAAUUUCUUAGAGCACAAGACGUUUCACAGGUAUACUACCAGAAGGAAGCAAGGUGGUUCUCAGUCAGCAAUGGACAAUGCAAAGGGAAAAGCUAACUCUGCCGGUUCAGCACUUCGUAGGUACAAUGAAAGCGCUUUAAAAACAGAUAUACAGGGUGUGUUGAAGGACUGGGAACCUUAUCUGUCAAAGUGUGAUAAUAUUUUUAUUCGAGCUCGCAAUGUCAGUGAUAAAAAAAUUUUUACUGAUAAUACCGUUCUGAACAAGGGUGAUGAAAGGAUAAAGAGCUUCCCUUUUACCACGAACAGGCCCACUGUAUUAGAAUUGAAGAAGGCAUGGUGCGAACUUUCCUACCUGAAAAUAUUACCUAAGCCUGAACCAUUGGCAGUGAAAGAAACAGUACAAAAGUUAGAAGUGUCGAACAAAAAGGACGAAUUUAAAGAAAAACAAGAACCGUUACUGGAAGAAAUCCAAACAGAAGAAAUAAUUUCUCUGCUGAAGAAAGGAAGGGCACCGUUAUUGAUAUCCUUCUUAAAAAAGAAUAAGCUUGAUGGAAACUUUCGGUUAAAGCCUGAGAGUAAAUAUUCCUUAACCCCUACCAUGUUACAUUAUGCAUCGCAGCAAGGGAUGAAACAGAUGGCACUGAUUUUGCUCUCAAAUAUUAAAUGCGAUCCAACGAUCAAGAACAGACUAGGAAGGACUGCGUGGGAUUUGAAUAGAAACGACGACGUGAGACACGCGUUUCAAAUUGCAAGAUACAAUCUUGGAGAGUCUUUCACUAAUUGGGACGAAACUCAUAUCGGUCAGCCAUUGAGCAGAGAACAAGUUGAUGAAAUCAAUGAAAAGAAAAAAGCAAUAGAGAAUGAAAAGGCAGAAAAACUGAUUAAAUUGGAAUUAGAAGCCGCCAAGGAAAAACAAAGAUUUGCUAAAGAUGCAGAGAGGGGUCCAGGCAAAAAGUUAACCAAUAUUCCUUCAAUUCAGCAACAAAAUUUGAAUUCUUUGACCGAUGAACAGAGACGCAGAUUGAUGAGAGAACAAAGGGCUAGAGCCGCAGAAGAAAGGAUGAAAAAGAAAUACUGA